GAGUGGUCACUGAGGGAUGUGUGGUGUAACGUGUGACUGAAAAAGACCGACUGUAGUUUCUCGGAGAGUAUCCGUACUCGUUCCGUACCCCCGUAAAUAACAGACUGAAUCUAGUCAGCCCCCCGCGAGUAUCCCAGCUGCGUGUAUUUAUUUAUAUUUAUUGUACAAAAGACUUUUAAAAUAGCUGACACAAUGUCCGUGGACAAGGAGGAACUGGUGCAGCGCGCAAAGCUCGCCGAGCAGGCUGAGAGGUACGAUGACAUGGCAGCCGCGAUGAAGGCUGUCACCGAAACGGGGGUUGAACUCUCGAACGAGGAAAGGAAUCUACUGUCCGUCGCGUACAAGAACGUCGUCGGAGCAAGGCGCAGCUCGUGGCGGGUCAUCUCCUCCAUUGAGCAGAAGACCGAAGGCUCCGAGCGCAAACAGCAGAUGGCCAAGGAGUACCGGGAAAAGGUUGAGAAGGAAUUGCGCGAGAUCUGCUACGACGUUCUGCAGGGACUCCUGGACAAGUACCUGAUCCCCAAGGCCAGCAAUGCUGAGAGCAAAGUAUUCUACCUCAAGAUGAAGGGUGACUACUACAGGUAUCUUGCAGAGGUCGCCACUGGCGAGACCAGAAACGCUGUGGUAGACGACAGCCAGAAGGCAUACCAGGACGCGUUCGAAAUCAGCAAGGCAAAGAUGCAGCCCACUCACCCGAUCAGGCUAGGUCUCGCCCUCAACUUCUCCGUCUUCUAUUACGAGAUUCUCAACUCCCCAGACAAGGCCUGCCAACUGGCCAAACAGGCGUUCGAUGACGCGAUUGCGGAGUUGGACACAUUGAACGAGGACAGCUAUAAAGAUUCCACGUUGAUCAUGCAGCUGCUGCGUGAUAACCUCACUCUCUGGACCAGUGACACGCAGGGCGACGGGGACGAACCACAGGAGGGCGGCGAUAACUAACCCUCCUAAGCUUAAGUCCUACCCUUUCUAACCCAAUAAAAACAUCCUAUUCUCUAUCGUUCCCAUCCCUUAAAAAAAAAGCCACCCCCCUGACCACCACACCAAGCAACCAAAACCGCCCAGCCGACCAUCAUAAAAGAGGCCAACCUCCUUUUCAAAACCUGUCUUACGUUCUGGCUGACCUUAAAAUCAGUCCUGACCUUUCAUUUCCUAGCUUCUGUUUCUUCCUUGACCCUCCUCCUCCUCUUCCUCCUCGGAGACUGACCUCUCUCCUGGCAUCACCGCACGUCCCUGCUCUGCUGCCGCCGCCGCUCCACCAGAAGACACCCACUGGACCACCUUUUCUCGUUGGCCAAGUGAUCAUCGUUCCUCUGCGACCGUCAUCGAUUCCGCGCAUCCUGCUGAUUGGAGAGCAAUGCAACAAGGAGAGAGACCAGGGAGCGAGGAGAGGGCGCAGUUCACCGAGGACAAUGACGAUCAGUCCUUGAACUUGUAACUCAUGGAUGGUACGUGCUCUCCGUCGAGAACGAAGAGAAAGAGAAGAUAGACAACUGAGAGACGGUCGGUUAACACGACUAUUUCUUUGGCGCCGUACGGCACCCAUAUUCAUCGCAUAAGCAACCACCGGUUAUCCAACCAAGGAUCAUUGAUCACGUACAAUACCUAUUUUACCAUUGUCAUCAUGGGACUGCAAGGAAUGCCAUAAUGUUCCACGUCUGAGAGAGUGUGAGAGAGAGGGAGAGAGAGAGAGAGAGAGAUUUAGCAGCGAGAGACCGAUGAACGAGAGAGAUGGGAUAUAACAAGACCAGGAAGAUGAAAAAGUUGGCGUAUGGCCGUAAACCGAUGUCGUGUCUAUUUUAUUUGGUAGUAAUGCCCCCGUACCAAAAGUAUGUGAACGUAAGGUGUUAAUAUUAUGUGGGACAUUGAGAGGAUGGUCACGUGCGAGUUUCGUACGUCGUUCGCCGGUACAGGAGACAGAACGGAAGAAAGGGCGAAGAAAGAAAGACCCUAGAGGGGAAGCACAAGAGAAAAAUUAAUAUAGAGGAUUCGAUAUCGAGGAACACUGGCUUUAUAUACCGGAUGUGCUAAUAUCAGAGAAUUCGGCAGACUUUAUUCACGUCCUCCUGGAAUUAGAGUUUCACUAACGGAAGAGCUUAAGGAAUCGCAAGGAUCCCUCCGCGUGUUUUCAGUGCGAGAGAAAACGCCCGUGGAAAUAACCGAGGAUGCAUGGAAUAAGAUAUGGAAGAAAGCAAAAUCAACCAACUUAUCGCUAUCCAAUCUCUAUUUACUUUUACCACCUAAAUAAUGCUAAAGCAAAAAAAAAAAGAUUUAAAGGAAAACAAAAUAAUUGAAACCAACAAACAACGUAUGAUACUACUACAUUAUACCCAGUUGUCAUUAAAUUAAAAAUUUCACAUUGUCUAGCGAGUACGAUAUUAUUAUAUGAAAGGAAAGAGUGCAGGAGGAGAAAGGAGAGUUUAAAAAAAAAAUACAUUAAGUUAUUAAGUUCCAAAACAAA